UGUAAAUCUAUAAGAAGCCUUUUCUCUUCCCACAUGUAGAUAGAAAGAUUCUUAAUAUCAUCCCAUCACACUUGGUCAACUCAAUAGCUUCAUCUCCAGUCUUCACUCUUCAAGAGCCUUAGUCUUUCACACAAGUAAAAAACCCACUUCUCAAGAUGAAGGCUGCAAUUGUUUCCUUCGGGCUCUUCUCGUCUCUCGCCAUUGCUGCUCCGACUACGCCCGUCGAUUCCCCUCUUGUUGAAAGGCUCUCCAUUCUUGCACCAGUUUGCCAGGGAACUACUCCACUAUGCUGCUCGAGUGAUGUCGUCGGCGGAGUACUGUCCUCAAACUGCGUGGCACCCGUGACGACUCCGGUCACCACUCUUGGAUUUCAAGCUGCCUGUCUGCUUGAUGGAAACCGUCUUGCGCGAUGCUGCACUCUCACCGUUGCUGGUUUGGCCAUCCUUUGCAAGGCGCCUGGCACCUGAUUAGCUACCUGACCUAUUCUUCUAUAUUCUUGUCACUUGCGAACAGGGUGGUCUGAUUUAAACUUCCAUAACUAAUCUUUUUAUAAUAUAAUAACUGCCAUUCUCGUCAACGAGCUCAAAUAAUUGUCCAAUAUCCCGUGCAUACAAGCUAGUGCGCCCUGCGUAGAUGUUGCCGAGUGCUUUAGUCUUUGACUGGUCUCA